AUGACGACCGUUGAUGAGGUUUUUCGAACGGCGGCAUCCCAUCUGCACGUCGGUCUUCUGCACGAAAUCCAGACCGCGGAAUCUUCCGUCGAAUGUCCCGGGUCGUGGAGCGAACUGGAGGAUUUCUUCGACUGUCGGAUUCCCGGCAGCAUGUCCACCGGGAAAUCUGCGUUCCAGACGGAGCUUCAGUCGUUGGGUCGCUAUGUCCGUUUCCUUCAAUCCAAGGAGUCUCCAGAUGACCGCCCGCCAGAACCCCCCGAGAUCCCGUCCCGCCUUCCGUCCCCAGUCUCGGAAUCCGAUAUCGCCCGUGGGAGCACGAAGCGCAAAUUCCACGAGUAUGUCUCUGAUGCGAAUUUGAGGCGAACAUGCGCUAACAACGAUGAUAUUCGUCGGGUUGAGCAAGCUCUAGACGAACCGUGUGACCACAUCAACCUUCCGCGGCCGGUCAUCGCCCGUCUAUUUGGCGAAGCUAUGGCCAGUCGUCAAACGGUGGAGGAGGGGACGAUGAAGCUCGAGCUCCAAAAGCAUCGGCUACUAAACCGGGAAUUCAAGAAAGCACUGCACGAGAUCGGGGAGAUCAUUACCCAAGUUGCUAACGGAGACCUGUCGAGAAAGGUCCCCACACACCCCCGUGAGAUGGACUCGGACAUCAUCACGUUCAAGGAAACCAUGAACACCAUGUUAGACCAGUUGCGAGUCUUCGCCCGUGAGGUGUCCCGGGUGGCCAGGGAGGUGGGAACCGAGGGGAUUCUUGGUGGCCAAGCUCAGACUGCUGGAAUGCAUGGGGUCUGGAGUGAGCUGACGGCCAAUGUCAAUGCCAUGGCCAACAACCUCACGACCCAGGUCCGCGAUAUCGCCAGAGUCACAACAGCGGUGGCUAAUGGGGAUCUCACUCGGAAAGUGCAGGCCGAUUGUAAAGGGGAAAUUCUAGCCCUGAAGGAUAUAAUCAACGCUAUGGUCUCGCAACUCCGGCAGUUUGCGCAGGAGGUCAUCAAAAUUGCGCGAGAAGUGGGCACGGACGGCGUGCUCGGUGGGCAAGCCAAGGUCUAUGGAGUGGAAGGUGUUUGGAAGAGCCUGACGGAGAAUGUCAACAGGAUGGCAAUGAAUUUGACCAUCCAGGUACGGGAAAUUGCCGAUGUCACGACCGCGGUGGCCCGGGGCGAUCUCACCAGGAGCAUCGGUGGGGACGUGCACGGGGAAAUACUGGGUCUCAAGGAAACCAUCAAUGGCAUGGUCGAACGCCUGAGCCGAUUCGCCUUUGAGGUCAGCAAAGUGGCCCAGGAAGUGGGGGUUGACGGUACUCUUGGUGGUCAGGCGGUGGUGGCAGACGUUGAAGGAGAGUGGAAAGUGCUGACCGACAAUGUCAAUAUCAUGGCCGACAACCUGACCUCUCAAGUCCGGGCUUUUGGUCAGAUCACCAACGCUGCCACGGACGGCGACUUUAGCCAGUCAAUCACGGUGCGAACGUCCGGCGAAAUGGACGAACUCAGGCAAAAGAUCAACCAAAUGAUCUCCAACCUUCGUGACAGUAUCCAGCGCAACACCGCAGCGAGAGAGGCUGCAGAGCUAGCCAACCAAAGCAAGUCUGAGUUCUUGGCUAAUAUGAGCCAUGAGAUUCGGACACCCAUGAAUGGAAUCAUUGGGAUGACCCAACUGGCGCUCGAUGUGGAUAACCUCGACCCUCAUGCACGCGAGAUGCUUGAUGUUGUCCACAAUCUUGGUAACAGCUUGUUGGUCAUCAUAGACGAUAUCCUGGACAUCUCCAAGAUCGAGGCAAACCAUCUAAGGAUUGAGCAUGUCCCAUUCAGCCUUGGCCAGACUGUCUUCAAAACUCUGAAAACCCUUGCUGUCGGAGCAAGUGAAAAGGGUCUUCAGCUCACUUGCCGUAUCAGUAAUUCAGUACCGGAUAGCGUCAUCGGAGACUCGUUUAGGCUGCGGCAAAUUAUCCUGAACUUGAUCGGGAAUUCCAUCAAGUUCACCGAACGGGGUGGAAUACAGUUAGCCAUCGACAAGGCCGAACAAGAUAGUGAUUCCGACACAUAUAUGCUCCAAUUUGCUGUUUCGGACACAGGGAUCGGCAUCGAAAACUGUAAAAUGGGGCUGAUCUUCGAUAAAUUUCAGCAAGGCGACGGUUCCAUGACAAGGAGGUUUGGAGGGGCCGGUCUCGGAUUGUCUAUCUCCAAGAAACUGGUCAACCUCAUGGGAGGCGACAUCUGGGUGACAUCCACCGUUGGUACAGGGAGUACCUUUGCCUUUACAUGCGCCCUACAACCAAACAUUCCGUCGCAGAAAGACCUUACCCGGAUGCUGGCCUCAUACAAAGGUCACCGAGUACUGUUUAUCAAGGAUGACCGGAGCCUAGACGUCGAUUCACCCGAGGCCAUUCUACUCAUGUUGUCUGAGAUGGGCCUAAACGUCGAGAUUCUCGACCUGAAGGACGGCGGUCUGCCGCCGGCUGCUAAGAUACAAUCCCGAGGCGACUCGCGCCGACCGUACGACGCCUUGAUCGUUCAAACUCUAGAGUCCGCAGCCCUCUUGAGAACCUCGGAGCACUUCAAGGCCGUCCCUGCCGUUUUAGCCUCGCCUGUCGUGUCGGUGAGCAUGAAGACUGCAUCGGAACUAAGCAUCACGUCAUACGUGACUACUCCCUGUCGCGCGAUCGACCUAGUCAAUGGCAUCAUGCCCGCCCUAGAAGCACGACCAUCCCGCGUCCACGCGGAGGGAACAUCGCCACUGGUCAUUCUCCUCGCCGAAGACAACGAGGUCAACCAGAAGGUGGCUUGCAAAGUGAUGGAAAAGUUCCAACAUCGAGUGACCGUAGUGGCCAAUGGGCAGCAAGCCCUAGAUGAAUUCCGACUCCGGGAAUACGACGUCGUCUUGAUGGACGUCCAGAUGCCUGUGAUGGGCGGCUUCGAGUCGACGGCCAAAAUUCGCGAGUACGAGAGAUUGGAGAACAAGCGCCAUACCCCCGUCAUCGCCUUGACUGCGCAUGCGAUGUUCGGGGACCAGGAGAAAUGCCUCGCUGCUGGCAUGGACGGCUACUUGCCCAAGCCGUUGAACCAGACACAGAUGAUGGAAAUGAUUCAUCGGCAUGCUGCGCUUCGGGAGAUCCCGUCACAGAUGCCGUCACCGAAAUAG